AUGGCUUUGCAAGUUGUGCUGUCACAAGCGACGGGGCAGAGCUUCGAAGUGAGGGCCGGGGUGGCCGAAGACCUUGGGUGUCUCAAGCAAAAGUUGGCUGAAAUGUUCGGAGUGCCCACGGUUGGCAUACGACUGGAACACAACAAGAAAAUCUUGCUCGACGACACCCUGGCAUUGGAAGCGCUUCUGCAACCCGGUGAAGAAUCAAACGACGACCCCGCACAACUCCUCCUGCAAUUUGGUUUGCGUCAUGCCGACGAAAUCUCUCAGCUCCAGAAGCUGACAAGUGAAGAAGUGAUCGGUUUUCUUGGAAAGCUGCCCAUCAUGGAGCUGAGCAGAGAUGUCAUCCUUGCAGCGGUUAGGCGAGCUCCAGAAGCUUUGGGCCGAAUUGGCAGCUGGCAGGAUGACAAGGAGGUUGUGUUGGCUGCUGUAGCACACGACGGGAUGGCGCUUGAACUGGCUUCUGAAGCACUGAAGGAGGACGAGGAAGUGCUCCUCACCGCUGUGGCGCAGAACGGCUUUGCAUUGGAGUUUGCUGCCAGGGCGGCAAGAGCCGAUCCGAAGGUCGUGGCCGUCGCCGUGGAUCAGACUGGGACCGCCCUCCGCCACACUACAGAUGGUCUUCGUGCAGAUCGUAUCACCGUCCUCAUAGCAGUCUCGCGCGACGGGCUGGCGCUGCGGCAUGCAUCGGAUGAGCUCAGGGCCGAUGAGGAGGUGGUUUUGACGGCCGUUCGGCAAUGUGGCGAGGCUCUGCGCUUUGCGAGAGCCGUGUGCAAGGCCACGGCUGCUGUAGUCGCAGAAGCCGUGCGAUGCCAGGGCAGGGCCUUACGGCAUGCAGCGUCGAGCUGCAGAGCAGAUGCAGUCAUCUUGUCCAUCGCUGUGGAGCAGGAUGCACUUGCCCUUGAGUUUGCCUCUGACGAGGGCAAGUCUGACAAGGAGCUGGUCCUGGCUGCAGUGCGGCAAAACGGUUUGGCCUUGGAGUUUGCAGCCGAAUCGCUGCGGUCGCACCCCGAGGUCGUCCUGGCGGCCGUAGACGACCACGGCCAGGCCCUCCAACACGCGGCCUACGUCCUGCGAUGGGACCACCGAAUGGUGCUGCGAGCUGUAGCUCAGGAUGUCGAGGUCCUGAUGGACGUACCUCAAGAAUUGAAAGGAGAUCGGAGCUUCGCGCUGGAGGCCGUGCGAGUUUGUGGCACCGCUCUAAAGCACCUACCGGCCUUUGCUUCUGACCGCGAAGUUGUGCUGUCGGCCGUGCAGCAAAAUGCAGGUGUGCUUGGGUGGGCUUCAGCCGAGCUAAGACGAGAUCCCAGCCUCAUUUGUGCGUUUUUGCGCUACGACUCCUCCGCCGUGCUGUACGCCGCCGAAACCUUGGCACGGGACCGCGAGUUCGUCCUCCUCGCCCUCACUGUCAAUCCGCAAGCACUGGCAUACUUGCAGGACUUCCAGGGAGAUCGGCAGAUGGUACGGCAAGCCGUGCUGGGCGAUGGGAGCAACCUGUGCUAUGGAUCAGAAGAGCUGCGGAUGGACCAGGACUUCGUGCUAGAAGCUUUUGCCGCAGCUCCUGAAUGCCUCCCGCAUGCUGCAGCCCUACUCUUCGAAGAUGACGACUUCUUACUAAGAGCUGUCACUUGCAAUCCAUGUGCGCUUGGCCUCGCCUCGCACGACGUGAGAUCAGACCCCGAAUUCAUGCUGCAAGCCAUCGAAGUGAACCCUGCUGUUUUCCAGUACAGCACCUUCGAACUGCGACAGGACCGUGACUUUCUAUUCAAGGCUGCUUGUCAGACGCCAGCAGUCUUGCAGCAUGUGGACGACCAGUGCAGCCUGGAUGAUGGCUUUCUGUUGGACAUUAUCGCCGUGCGUGCCGAAGCCGUGUCAUGCAUGCCUGAUGGGCGGCGUGCGGACAAGGACUUUGGCCUCCGAGCGGUGCAGCGCAAUGCCUCCGCCCUGAGAUACCUGGGAAUCAGCGACAUGGACUUUGCCCUGGAGGCUUUGCAGCUGCGCGGAGACGCGCUGGCCUAUGCGGGUGAACUGCAAGCGGACAAGAAUGCGGUUCUCAAGGCUGUUCGCAGCUCGGGCGCAGCGCUCUCGUAUGCUUCAGAAGCGUUGCGCGCUGACCCAGAUGUUUGUCUUGCGGCUGUCCAAUCAGAUCCUAUGGCCCUACAAUUC